AUGGCACGUCCUCCAACUCAUUUCUUCAAGUUCGUCCCUCCAGGCUUCUUAUUAAAUCUUUCGAUUCCAAGCUCUUUCUUGACGAACUUGAAUGGCAAGAGAUGCUCGGAAGCGAUACUGAGACGUGGGCGUCACGAAUGGUCGGUAGACAUUGAUGACGGAGUUUUUGGUGACGGUUGGAUGAGGUUUGUGAGAGAGAAUGGAGUCCAAGAGUUUGACUUUAUUGUUUUCAAAAACCAAGGGUGCAUGGUGUUUGACGUUAUGGUGUUUGAACAAUCUACAUGCGAAAAACAUUACCCAAAUCUAUUUGACAAGAUGGAAGGAGAAGAACCUCUGACGGAAUCUGAAACGAUCCGUACACAUAGACCGAAGAAGGUAAAAAAGCGAAAGAGGAACGAUUAUGCAUAUGAAGACGAAGAAAUACCUCAAGUUGGUAGUGGCUGUUUCAUUGGCAAAAUGACACCUUAUGUUAUCAAUAAGUCAAGAUUGUAUCUUCCUGUUGACUUUUGGAUACCAAAUCGUUUAAAAGCAGGGGAAAUGAUUCUUAGAAACAAUAAAGGUCGAUCAUGGAAAGUUGAACUGAAGAAAGCUAAUGAGAGACUUUUAUAUCUUGGAUCCGGAUUCACAGCUUUUCUAGUUGCCAAUGGAAUGGAGGAAGGUGAUGCAUUCAAGUUUGAGCUUGCUGAGAAAGAGGAGGACAAGCCUCCCAUAGUCAACUUUAUGUUGUCUGCCAAGCAGGUUUGCAAAGUCGAAUGGAUUAAUCAAUCACAAAGGGAUGACUCUCAAAAAUGUUGA